AUGCAUCGAUUUUUCAAAUCCGAGUUCUUCAACUUUGAGUUCUUGCGCAUUCUAAGCACGACGCGCUAUGGCGGUUGUGAGAUCGGAGAAGCUCUGGAGGCUGCGGCGCAGAUCAAAGACGGUGACCCGCAUUCAUGGAGUACGCAAUGGUCACUCCUCAGUACCAAAGCUGAGGAAUUAAGCAAAGAAGCGCAAAAGGCGGGCGACACAAUCACGGCCCACAAUGUCUUGUUGCGAGCAAGUAACUAUCGACGUGCAAGUCAAUACAUGCUCAACGCGCCCGAUCCUACGGAAGCAGCCUUGGCGGUUACCAGGCUAGAGAAAAGUGAGGCCCUAUUCAAGCAAGCCCUGUUGCUUCAGGAAGGGGUCAUGGUCCAUGAACUAGCGAUCCCCUACGGCAAGGGCAUACACCUUCCAGCAUACUUGUAUGUGCCAACCCAAUUUGAAAAGAGUAAAGGCAUACCUCUGGUCAUCAACCUCUCAGGAGGCGACUCCACGCAGGAAGAGAUGUUUGUGGUGUCUGCGUGCGCCGGACCGCCGAGAGGAUAUGCAGUCCUUACCUUUGAAGGCCCAGGACAGGGCAUCUUGCUGAAAUGGGAAAGGUUACCCAUGGAACCAGCCUAUGAGAAGGUAACAUCCACGGUGCUGGACUUCCUCGAGCAUAACAACUCGAGUGACCAUGCCAACUAUGGGUUGGACCUCAACCGGAUUGCCGUUGUAGGACAGUCGAUGGGCGGUUAUUUUGCAUUGAGAGCCGCAGCCGACCAGCGUGUCAAGGCGUGCAUCGCGGUCGAUCCUCCAUAUGACAUGUGGGAUCUGGCGCUCUCUCGUAUGCCGGGAUGGUUCAUGGGAGGAUGGGUCCGCGGAAUUAUCACAGACUCCGUGUUCAAGUGGACGGUGGGUCUGCUGUCAAAUCUCAACUACCAGCUGAAGUGGGAGGUGGCGCACUUGCAAGCUAUGUCGGGCGCAGACAAUGCGGCAGACGCUUUCCGGUUCUUGAAACAGCUCACCCUGAAGAACGCUGAUGGGAGCGAAUAUCUUCGUAAUGUCAAGUGCCCGGUGUUGGUAACCGCGCCAACCAACGCAAUGUACUUCGAUCUUGAAGUGAAUUCGAAGAAAAUCUUUGCGACGCUUGAUCAUAUGGAAGAUGGAAAAAGAGAGUACUGGGUCCCUGACACAUUGUACGAAGGCGGACUGCAGGCCAAAGUGUGUGCUUUCGAGUUGGCAAAUUAUCGCAUCUUUGGUUGGUGCGAUAAACAUCUGUAG